GCCUAGCCCGCCUGCGCCUGCCCUCUCACAGUGGCUGGCGGCGCCCUCCAGGCACCUCGCUCCUGCUAUCGUGGUCCCCGCGCAAUGGUUUGCAGUCGUAAGCGACAUGUCCUUGCUUUUCCUCAUCUACCUGACGGACCCCUGCCCGGGCUUGGUCAGCGCGCUGCCGCAGCUCGGGCGAGCUUCAGUUUUGCAGCAGCAGUCUCUCGACUACAUCGCUGAUCAGUGUGUCGAGCUCGGCCCUGCGCCCGCUGUCAUCGCUCCUCGCAACGCCCUGUCCGACUUCUGCUCCUCUUGCCCGCUAUGCUCGGCUGGUCGCGAUUGCGUGGUGUCCUGCAGCAGGGGCCUCGUGUCCGAGCCUCCUGGCGGCUCCGCGCCUGUCGCUCUCGAGCCCGCCCGUCUGGGGGCUGACCGUUCGCGGCUGCAGGGCUCGAAGUCCCAUGUGCUUCGCCCGCCGGGAGAGGCUGCGGUCCCGCGUCGAGAUCUGGGUCUCGCUCAACCCUACAUCGACCUCGAGCCGCGUCAUUUGGUCACCCACGGCGACUUCGACAGCGAGCUGCUGGGCGCAGGGGCGCGGCGACAUUGCGACAUUUCGCACGGUUUCUACGCCGUGCAGGUCCCAGAGGGCCUCUGUGAGUUCUUCUCCCUGCCGCCCGCGCGGGCUGGACUUGCUGGCUUGUCUCAGUUGAAUGGCGCCCCUAUGCGCCAGUCGGAGCUGCUGCUGCCGUGCGUCUCGGAGGCUACCCUCGCGCGCGCUCGCAUGGCGCCCAAGAGGCAGGUCCGCGACCGCAGCCUGGGCGUCAGGCUCGGGCAUGGGCUUCCUGCCAGCUGGGGCGGCCUGCGUGGACAACUACCUGGCGGCUGGCUGCCAGCGCGCGAAGUGCAGGCCUUUGCGCAGAAGGUCGAGCGCGAGCUCUCCUCGGUCGGCUUCGCCGCGCGCGAGCAGGUCAGCGCCGCGCGCCAGGCCGGCUUCGUCGGCCUCGACCUCGACGGGCACGAGCACUCGGCGCGGGUCAUGGGCGCGCUCCUCGAGAUCGUCCUGGGACGCUGCGCCUGGGCCGCGCUGCUCAAGAGGUGCUCGCUGGUCCUUUUCGACGCCGUCGACCCCUCCAUUCAGGCGGCGAAGGAUGAGGCCCUGCCGCACUGGCCGCCGGUCCGCCGCGAGCCGGCGCGCGCGCUCGCUGCUCCCGCAAUCUGCUUCGCGGGCGCGGAGCAGCAUCCCGUGGUCGCGGCCAGAGACGCCUCUGGCUGGGGCCGCGGAGUCUGCCGCCGUCGCUGCUCGCCCGAGGCCGUCGCCGAGGCGGGCCGCGCGGCCGAGGGGCGGCGCUGCCCCUUCGAGGGCUCGGCCCGCGCGCGCGGGCCACCGCCGGGGCCGGCGCGCGCCGCCUCCGCACUCCGCGACUCUGCCCAGUUGCCGUCCGAGGUCGCCCAGGACAGGGGCAAGUCUUUCGGCGAGGUCGACAGGGUCGGCGACGGCUGGGCUGUCGCGCGCUCGUUCUCGUGGCGCGACGCGUGCGACAUUUACCGCGCUGAGGGCCUUGCGCUGGGCUCCGCGCUUCGGCGCCGGCAUCGCGUGUCCGACGCCUUUUGCUGGCGGAUCGUCUGCCUCGUCGACGACGCGUCGUUGUCGCGCGCCAUCGGCAAUGGCCGCGGUGGCUCCGCCCAGCAGCGCAGCGCCCUCCGGGGGAUCUGCGCCCUCUCGCUCGCCUGGAGGCUGCGCGUCAUUGCCGGGCGAAUCCCCGGCGAGCUUAAUCCGUCCGACGGCCG